AUGCCACUAACAAGGAAGCUGACAAUCGCUAAAAGCAACGAUGGUGGGCCCACCAUCUACGUGUAUGAAGGAGCCGCCACUGGCCCAACCGCAUCAAAACCCAGUGAGAUCCUGGGGCUGGCGUAUACGCUCUACCGUGAUAGAGACAGACUGUACAUCAGCAGAGGGCUAGACAUGCACGGCAGCAAAGCGACCAUGAUCGCCAAUGUCAACGGCUUUGAGGGCGUGACGGCAAAGAUAAACGCUGGCGCGCAGACAUUCGCCUCAACGCGCCGUGUCAGCAGUAUGCCAUGGAAAUUCACCGAUGAGUCGCAGCAGAAAUUCAAAUGGCACGUGACAUCGCAGGGCCGGUACUGGGACCUACGCACCAAGGGCGGCAGCAAUGCCGCGACAUUCACAAACAACGGGCCGUUUGAAGAGACGCUUGGGGUGCUGGAAUUCACCAGAGGCGCUAGCGAGUCAUUUACACAGCUUACGCUGCUAACCAUGGGUGGUACAUCUCGGGUGGUGGACACCACCAUGGCGAUCACGGCGGCGAUUGUGGUGGAGGCCAUAGCGGUGGUGGCGGCGAUUGCGGCGGCGGUGGUGGUGGUGGCGGUGACAGCGGCAGCGGCGGCGGCGGCGGGGCUCAUCUUUGAUCUCGACGGCACCCUGAUCAGCACCCUGGAGGUUACAGAGAAGAUAUACACAAAGUACGCCGUUAAAUACAACAUUGACCCGGCGCCCAUCCUUGCCCAUUGCCAUGGGGUGCCGACACAGGAGAUGCACACGGUUGAGAAGGCGCUGGAGCUCGAGAAGGAGGCUGCUGAGAUUCUCGACGGGCUGCUGGCGUCGCUGCCGGCCGAGCGCUGGUCGAUUUUCACCUCCGGCCUGCCACUUCUGGCGCACCCGCGCAUGAGGCGCUUGCAGCUGCCCAUCCCCAGUGGAUACAUUCGCGCCGCCAAGGACCUAGGGUUCAAUGCCAAGGACUGCAUCGUAUUUGAGGACGCGCAUGCAGGCACCAAGGCCGGCCAUGAUUCGGGUGCCACCGUCAUUGGUAUCCGGACGCUGCUCUCGGAAGCGCAGCUCAAGGAGGCCGGUGCCGACUAUACGGUCCGGGACAUGUCCAGGGUGUCUGUGUGCGUCGACCAGACCACAGGCGACCUAACUAUCACACUCAACGAGGAGUAA